CCGCACGGAGGGACCCGGAUGGGGAGAGGGGCCGCCGCGCAGGCGCGGCCCAGCCGGGGGAGGGGGGCCUGGGGCCGGCGGGCGCCGGGGCAGGCCGGGAAGGAGGGAAGCCGGGGCCUGGCGCGGGGAGCGGCGCCCCGCGGCGGGCGAGGAACGGAGGGCUCCGACCAACGUGGGUGCGGGCAGAGGGCCCACCCGCCUCUUCCCCGGGCCGGGAAGAGCCGCCGCCAAGGGCGGGAGGCUGCGCCUCGGGCGCCGGGGCCGAGGGUGGCUGCGCGGAGGAGGAGGCAGCGGCCGCCUCGCUCCCUGGCGCCGCGCCGAGCACAGCCGAGCGCCCGCCGCCGCGCCCUGAGGCAGCGACUUUGGUUGUGAAGUGUUGAGGAGCUGCUUGCUGGCGGAUUUGAAUGACUGAAGGAAGCAGCUUGGCCAUAUCGAGCCAUAAAGUGUAAGAGGAUGUUGUGAGGUUAGAGUUGUAAUUUGCAUCCAGCUGAACUUGUGUAUUUUUCUUUCUGCUAGUGAUCGCUUUUAUUCACUGAGCUUUUUAAACAGACACCUUCACGUUUCAGGGUAAUGUCAUAGGACAUGAGGAGAACUUCUAAAGGAUUGAUCGAAUGGAAAGCUUGCACAAAAGUAGCUUGCCCCCACGUUGUCUAGCAGGAGGCAGAAACCCCUAAGGUAUUGUGUUCUCCUUUCCUAGGACCUGUUGACUCCCUCCUUAGCUUUAAAACCUGGAUCUUAUUAUAAAAGUCCCAGCUCUCCAGUCACUUAAAAUAUUUAUUGGCUUGUUAAACUGAAUCACAUCUGCUGCUGUGAAGCCAGGAUUUGUUUCAAAAUUCUAUCAGAGGGCUGAGGUGUUCUUUAGCAGAAGACAUCAUAAAACUAAUUUUACCAGUUUCUUAAGAAAAGAAGUAAUAAAAAGGCAGGGGAAGCAAUGUAGUUUCCUUCCAGAACAGCCUGGUGGUUUUUUUUUUCCCCCAGAGCAUUCAAGUGUUUCUAAACACACUCAUUAACCAUAGCACUGGGCUGGUUUUUGUAUGAUCAGCUGUGAAAGGGUAGCUUGGACAUGUUAAAACUUCAUGAAGAUCAUUUGCAGUCCAUUAAGAGGAACGAGUAGGGCAGGAUAACUUGGUGAUGUCUCACAGAACAAGCCCAAAAGGACAUUCACAGAUCCUUGGGAAGUGGGAGUUUUGAAAAAAAAAAAAAGGUAGGUGGAAAUCCUUUCUGAAUGGUGUAAUUAGAGUGGAACUGGCUGCCAGAGGAAAUCAGUCGGCAGGGCUCAAAGGGAGCAGAUAUUUGUGUGAACACCAAGAGGUGCGUUUAUGGGCAAAGCCGAAAGAACAGCAGAGGAGAGAGAUUAAAGCAUGAGACUCGGGCUUCAAACUCAUCUUUAUGGGAAGGAGAACUGCACUUGCCUGUGUCAGAACAUACAAAAAUGUCUUGUGCCCAGUGCUCUCCUCCAGCUACCUGGUUCUGAGCCCUGGUGGG